GUGGUUGCAACACAGCCGCCGAGGCAGCGAGCAGAGCUGACAGCGCCGAGCUGGCUCUGCGGGACGCUGAGAGCCUUGCAGGUUUCUCCGGCUGGCGUCUGCAAGUACAGCGGCGGCUGAAUCGCUCGGCUUCAGGGAUUUACAGACUUGGAGCAAUGCUUGUGACUCUGCAGCUCCUCAAAGGCCCCUAGAAGCCUGAUACUCGGAGCAGUCCAGCACCUCCAGCCCCAUGGAGCCCCCGAUUCCACAGAGCGUCCCUUUGACUCCCAGCUCAGUCAUGGUGCAACCCCUUCUUGACAGCCGGAUGCCCCACAGCCGCCUGCAGCACCCACUCACCAUCCUGCCCAUCGACCAGAUGAAGACCAGCCACGUGGAGAAUGACUACAUUGACAACCCCGGCCUGGCUCCCCCCACGGGCCCUAAGCGGACCCGGGGUGGAGCUCCAGAGCUGGCCCUGACCCCUGGCCGCUGUGACCAGGAUGUCACUCACCACUGGAUUUCCUUCAGUGGGCGCCCCAGCUCCGUGAGCAGCAGCAGUAGUACUUCCUCUGACCAGCGGCUGCUAGACCACAUGGCUCCACCGCCCGUGGCUGAGCAGGCCUCACCCAGGGCUGUGCGCCUCCAGCCUAAACUGGUCCAUUGUAAGCCACUGGACCUCAAGGGCCCGGCGGCCCCACCAGAGCUGGACAAGCACUUCUUGUUGUGUGAGGCCUGUGGCAAAUGCAAAUGCAAGGAGUGUGCGUCCCCUCGGACGUUGCCUUCCUGCUGGGUCUGCAACCAGGAGUGCCUGUGCUCAGCCCAGACUCUGGUCAACUAUGGCACAUGCAUGUGCCUGGUGCAGGGCAUCUUCUACCACUGCACCAAUGAGGACGAUGAGGGCUCUUGCGCCGACCACCCCUGCUCCUGUUCCCGUUCCAACUGCUGCGCCCGCUGGUCCUUCAUGGGCGCCCUCUCCAUGGUGCUGCCCUGCCUGCUGUGUUACCUGCCUGCCACUGGCUGUGUGAAGCUGGCCCAGCGUGGCUAUGACCGCCUCCGCCGUCCUGGUUGCCGCUGCAAGCACACGAACAGUGUCAUCUGCAAGGCAGCCAGCGGGGAUGCCAAGGCCAGCAGAUCCGACAAGCCUUUCUGACGCUUUGCGUUGAAUCCCAAGCGCUGCCCCUGGAAAUGAGGGUCCUUCCUGCUAGCCACCCAAGGCUGACCUUGUUCACCUGUCAUCUCCUUGCCCCUAGAUUGGGAAGAAACAGGCAGAGACCACCACCACCCACCCUCUAGCUCCCAAAAGGAGGAAGAAACACUUUGGGGGGUUUGGUAUUUAGGGCUUUGGAACUUUUGUCAAGCAGAUGGGCAGGGUGUGGUUAGGGGGGAUUUUUCAGAAGCCGGAACACAUAUGUGGACACAUCCGGAAGCCGCAGCUGCUUGAUGCCCUUCUUGGUCCUUCCUCCGCUCUCUGUCCCUCCCACUUGGCCACUGUCUCUGACUCUUGGAGCUGGCUGCCUGAGUGCCAGGAGCCCUUGGAGAAGACCCUUGGCGUCCUGACUUCGCUUUCUUCUCCUUCCCUCCACCAGUUGGCUCCCGCAUCUCGGGGAAGGCAGAGAACACUAGCUGUCCUGACUGUGCGUACUUGGGGAGUCCUGAGAACAGAGGACAGCCAAAGAGCUGAAGCCUCCCAGGAGCCACGAGAUGGUUUUGGAGCCACUUCGCAAUGCAUUCCUCUCUCCGACCUUGUUAGUAACUCUCGGGGGUGUUCCUCUCGUCCUACGCCGUCCUGUGGUCCAGUUCUAACGAGUCACCGACUCGCCUACCUGCUAUGUCCUGAGUUUUCUCUCUACUCAGAUCCUUUCCAGAAACUUGAUGGGUAGAGAAGGCUGGGGCGGCACAUGUGAGACCAAAUAUCAUUUUGCCAAUGAGUAUGAGGCUGUAGUCUCUUGACCCAGUCGUGAUGUUUUUAUAGAAUAACUAAACCAGAUGCUAAUGGUGUUUUAAAGAACAAUAAUAAAACAACUUGCUUCCUUUUGGGUCACCCCCAGGAAGGGCUGAUUUCAAAAUCUGGGGGUGAGCAACCUCAAGGAGCACAAUUCCCCUACCCACCAAGAAGAGGAUUUUAUCAGCGAAGACGAGGCAGUGCCUCCCAUUGGCAGAAUGACAGUUGAGCCGCGCUGGGGUUGGGUUUUCUCUCUUCUGAUUCUGCUGCUUGCUGUCAUAGCCUUUUGUGUAUAGCGAUGCGAUGCAUCUGUAUCUUUAUGUAAAUAGAUGAUGAAAAGAGAGUCUAUUUUAGUGUUAGGAAGCCCCAGCGGGGGAGUCAGAAGAGCUCAGAGAGGGUGGGUAAGAUUUUCCAGGGGCCACUGGGAUUGAGCCCUGCUUUUGUGCACAGCACACCCCUCUCCCGACAGCCCCCAAAGACGUAGCAACUCUUUCUCUCAAGGUGCUAAAGGACUCAGAAAGUGCAGCACGUCCAGUGGGUAGGUACUUGUUGCAUGCAGAAGCUAUAGUGUGUCUGAUCCUCCCCUCACUCCCUACCCCAGCUGUUGGGGGGGGUUUGCUUUGUGUGGUAUUUUUGUACCCUCCUCCCUCCAGGAGAGGAAAUAGCCUGGGUCAGAAGAAAGGCCCCAGGUGAUUUUGGAAUCGCAUUAGGCAGAGCCAGAGCGUCUGAAGCAUUUCCAGCUUGUUCUGUGCAAACAGCUGCCUCCAGGAAGGAGGCCAGGAGGCAGCGAGUAGCUGUGAGUGGCAUGUGGACCUAAUGCUUCCGAGCCCCCCUCCCCUCAGAAACUAGUAGUAACAUCUUAUGAUUUAGCAUAAGUUAAUUAUAACCAUAGGUAUUUAUUGAUUGGAGGAAGGGAGGGUCUUACUAGUUUCGGCUUUAUUUAUGUAACAAUUGCUGGCUUGUAAAAGGCAAGUAUAAGAUACUGCAUCUCCAUUCCCUAUGGCAAGUUCAUAUAGCUACCCUUGCCACAGUUGUGAUGGAUGUAUGGGUGUUCUUGCACAAUUUGGAGGGAAUGGUAGGAAAUGAACAUAUUCAGCCAACCACUUACACUAAUUGAAUGUAGCAGAGGUGUGCCGAAGGGGCUGGACAUGUUUUCCUCAAAAGAGGUGUGCAGAGGUGGCCCCCACAGUGAUAGCACACACUUGUGCUCUUUCUUUCUUUAAGGCCUCGGGGACUCUCUCCAGGGACCCUGCCUCAAAUCAUCUCCACAGGAAAUUUGACCCAGUUGCAAGCUGCACUUUGGUGAUCCUGGCCUACACACCUGUUCUGUGGAGAUUGGAUUUGCAUAAGCUGUGUAUGCGCACAUGCACAUGUACACAAACAUACACGAACACACCCUGGCCCUCAACCGACAUAUACCCUGUUUCCUGACAAAUGGCCUUCUGAACCCUGACUUUUUGUGUACAUAGUUGUAAAGAGGUUUUUCGUGGAUUUUGGUUUGCUUUUUCUCUUUUUUUCCUCGUCCCCCUUUUUGGCUUGCUUUUAACUUGCUAGAUGGAUGUCUGCAGAACUCUCAAGGAGUUCCUGAGCCCUGUGCACUCAGCAGUAAAGGGAAAAGGUGAAGGAAGUGUCCUUGGUCCUCCCAGCUCUGUUGUGUGGCCGUCCUUCGGCAGUUUUUCUAUGCUCCUUGGCAGAAAAAGAAGGAAAAUAAGCAUGGCUUGCCUGUGGUCCUGCCACCCUUUGAGGCCAGCCAAGGGCCACGAGGGACCAAGCACUCAGAAGCACGACAUCGUUCUUUGUAGCUGCUUCUUGCUUGUUUUGUAUCACUAGUAGCUUGCUUGGCUGGAUGAACCCUCACCGUGGGAAGUGCCUGGCAGCAGAUUCUCACUUGUGUUGCCCCUGGGUGCACUGUGAUUGUCCCUGCAACUAGGGGCCAGGAGGGUUUUCCAGAGAUGCCUUGACUGCUUGCUUCCCCUCCCUGAGGGUGGGCUGGAGAUGCAGUGAGUGAGCGCCCUGGGAACUGGGCUUGGGCUGCAGAAUCCUCCCAGAUGGAUGGCAGACACAACCCAGUGUCCUCAGCAGCUGUCUGGAAGAGUGGGCAGCCUCUUCUGCUGGCCUGGGCCCAUCACAGCUGACAGGUGAAGGCACCCUUGUGAUGUAGAGGUCUUUAACCUGUGCGGUCUCCAUUGACCCCUACUGUAUGUGAGUGGGGUCUGGCCAGGCAGUGACUUGCCCAAGGUUGCACAUGUGAAGAGCGUAGGUCUGGGCGGGAACCCAGGUGACUGUCACCUCGGAGCGUCACAUUCUCCGGCACUGUCCCAGGAAAUGUCUGACAGGUGUGGGCAGCGCAGCUUCGCCCUGCAGAGUUUCUAGGGCACCUGCGAGCUUCGCCAGCCUCUGGUUCACAGCUCUGGUAAGCCUUUUCGUGCCCUUCUGCUUAUCGUGACUGGAUGUCGGACCUUGUGUUGCCAUUUUUGCUCUGGGUAACUGUGCUGUGUCUUAUCUUGCUUUCUCCUCUUGCUGUCCGCAGUUGGGUUUCGUGUUACAAACAGUACAGCUGUCCCCGGCGCCCACUCCACUAUAUUCCUAAUUCAUUUUCCUCCACUGCAGCCCCUGCUCACCCCACCACAAGCGUUACCACAGAAGGUUUCCUUUGUAUAGAAUAUUUAUUUUGAAGCUCUAUUUUAAUAGUAUUUAUUUUAGAAAGUCUACUAUUGUAAGAGUUCUUCUGUUUGUGAAGAAAAAAACAAGUUAAAACUGAAUGUACUGAUCUAGAAAAAUAUCUAUAAAUAUAUAUUGUUAAAUAUA